AUGGAGUCGGGCGCACUUGUGACCGACGAGAUUAUCGUCGGUAUCAUUAAGGACGCCAUCAAGAGCUCGGAAUGCCGUUGUGGCUUUACUCUUGACGACUUUACACGAACGGUUAUGCAGGCCAAAAAAUCUCGACGAGAUGUAGACGAAGGGAAAAACCUCGGUGGAUGCUGUGGUGAUUAUUAA